GGACGCCAGGACUGAAGACUCCGAUAAGGCUAUUUGCCUACCCAGGGGCUUUUCCUUACUUCUUCUUUCUCAUAGCCAGGAUCCAGACUCAGUCAAUAUUAAUUGCACAAAGACAGCUAAAAUCAAGUCACAAAUAACUGUCCUUCAGGUGGGAACUCUGCGAUCAAUGAACACGUAUCACCCAGCAUCGGGUCACCGGGAGACGGCAGCGCUUGCUGGCACAGCUGAUAGGAUUAGGAGAUGGUGCUUUGUCAGCCUGAUUGAGAAAGCCCCCGCAUACGCAGAUACGCAGCAUAUGUUUCAGGAUCGUAACACGGAGACAACUCUCGAAUGAAUCACGUCCUUCAAACAACGAACCCUAAUACCACCCAAGCUUCACUGCUUCAGAGAUCGAAGUGCCUCCUCCCGGACGGCGGCCGCGGCGGCGCGAGCACCCGGCGGGCAGCGGCGCGAUGGGGCCCCUCCGAGAAAGCAAGGAGCAGAGAGUACAGCAUCAUGAGAAGGAGAUCUCCCGGAGCCGAAUUCCUCGUUUGAUUCUUCGGCCCCAUCUGCCCCAUCAGCAGCACAAAAUCUCCCCGACCUCGGAGUCUCCCUUCUCUGAGGAAGAGAGUAGAGAGUUCAAUCCCAGCAGCUCUGGGCGCUCAGCAAGGACCAUUAGCAGCAACAGCUUCUGCUCAGAUGACACAGGCUGCCCUAGUAGCCAGUCUGUAUCUCCGGUGAAGACUCCCUCUGAUACUGGAAACAGCCCUGUUGGCUUUUGCCCUGGAAGUGAUGAAGAGUUCACCAGAAAGAAAUGCACAAUUGGAGUGGUUGGUGAGGGAAACGUCCAGCUAACCCGGCAUAAGAAGGAACCCAAGUCAGGCCUGGUAAAGCCAGGGAGUGAAGCCGAUUUCAGCUCCUCGAGCAGCACGGGCAGCAUUUCCGCUCCGGAGGUCCAUAUGUCCACGGUGGGAAGCAAGAGGUCCGCUUUUUCACGCAAUCGAGGUCCCCAUGGGCGGAGCAAUGGAACUUCCUCGCACAAACCCGUCAGCAGCCCGCCGUCCCCACGGGAAAAAGACCUCCUGUCCACGCUGUGCCGGAAUCAGCUGAGUCCUGUGAACACCCAUCCCAGUUACGUACCAUCUUCCCCAAGUAGUAGCAACUCUGGCUCCUACAAAGGAAGCGACUGCAGCCCAGUCAUGAGGAGGUCUGGAAGAUACACGUCGUGUGGUGAGAAUCAUGGUGUCAAACCUCCAAAUCCAGAGCAGUACUUGACUCCCCUGCAGCAAAAGGAGGUCACCGUGAGACACCUCAAGACCAAGCUGAAGGAGUCGGAGCGCCGGCUGCAUGAGAGGGAGAGUGAAAUCGUGGAGCUCAAGUCCCAGCUGGCCCGCAUGAGGGAAGACUGGAUUGAAGAGGAAUGCCACCGGGUGGAGGCCCAGCUGGCGCUCAAGGAAGCCAGGAAAGAGAUCAAACAGCUCAAACAGGUGAUGGAGACCAUGAGGAGCAGCCUGGCGGACAAAGACAAAGGCAUCCAGAAGUACUUCGUGGACAUAAAUAUCCAGAACAAGAAGCUGGAGUCCCUCCUUCAGAGCAUGGAGAUGGCGCACAAUGGCUCCCUGCGGGAUGAGCUGUGCCUAGACUUCCCGUGGGAUUCCCCGGUCAAGGGCUUCGCCCUGAACACCCCUUUUGGCCCGAUGGCCGACGGGCUGUCUCCGGAGGAGCCGGCCCCAGGGGCAGGGGCUGACGGCGAGCUGCACACGGAGCUGUUGGAUGACCUGGCGUCUGUGCCCACCCCGGGGCCGGGGAGCCCCGCGAGCCGGCGCCGUGCGGCGGUGGAGCAGGCGGUGCAGACCGACGUCGUGCUGCCGCUCAGCCCGGCCAUCUCGGAGCUCCUGGAGAGCCUGCUGCAGGUGCGGGAGCCCCGCGAGGAAUCCGGGAUCGAGCUGGCCGACAGCUCCCCGGAGGCCACCUCUGCCUUGGGGGUUGACUUAACGCCAAGCGAUCCGCCCUCGGCCAUCCUUCUGUCUCCCGUGGAGACGCCCGACGACAGGUCCGCGGGGGCGGACGCUGGAGAGAACCAGCUCAUGACAGAGCUGGAUUUUGCCGCCUCCCCGGACAGAUGGGACCGUCCCCUCCCGCGGCCUCGCGGGGAGGUGGCCAAGCAGUACUGGAGCAGCAGCUUCCUGGUGGAUCUCGUGGCCGUGGCCGCCCCCGCCGUGCCCACCGUGGUGUGGGCACUGAGUACUCAGACAGGGGGCUCAGGUCCGGUCUACACCCUCGGAGCCUUGCUCCGGGGCUGCUGCGUGGUGGCCCUGCACUCGCUCCGCCGCCGCGCCGCCUUCCACAUCCCCAGUUAAGGCGACGUCCUGGUUACGAUGUGCCAAUUGUGCCAGGUGGUAAGACCGCAGGUGGAUCUGUGGCGUCCCCAGUCUGUCCUUUUGCCCCUCGGGAUUUGAUUUGCACUCCGUGUAGUAGAAGCCCGUUCCCUGUAGCAAACCUGAGGUAGCCUCAAAGGCCCGGAGGUCUGGCUCAAACCCGUGUCCCACCCAUGUGGUAGCGAAAGCAUGCUCUUGACCCUGCCGUCGUGUCCGGGGUGCCCUGCGUGUCCGAGUGGUCCAGGAAGAGAAAAUGCAAAAUUUGCACUCUCAAGACAGCUUCUGUCAGGCUGGUAUGUUAUCUCCUCCUCGCUUUGCUUCGUGCCGUUUGAAAUGUGUGACCGUUCCAGCAAUCCAGUGGUCUUGUGCUUCGCAGGGGAUUGUAACCAAAAAUAAAAGUGCAUUUGUGUCAUUGGGUUGAAGGAGUCUUGAUUAGCUCUUUAGUGUCUGGCUUGGGGGUGAUAAGGUCUGCCUGCAGCAGUUUCUUUUGUUUAGUUUCCGAACUCAAUGUACUCCGAAGUCUGCAAUGGCAUAUUCGUUAAGCUUACUCAUUGAUGAGAUUGUAAGUUUACAAUGUAUUGAUUUGCUUACUAUAUAGAGAGGGUUUUACUGGAAGUUGUUUGUAAGCACAAGUUGAAGCAUGACAAAUUACAGGUUAGUGUUUGCAUCUAAAUAAACGUUUUAUCCUCCUACAA